UUUAUCAUUUCUGGAUUGCUAUGUAUCAUCUUGGAAAAAAGAUCAACUAAACGUUUGGCCUGGACCAGCCUGGUCACCAGCCUUCUGAGUCUCCUGGGCACUUUUGUGGGGUUCGUCGUCAUCCUCCUCAGCCUGGCAGUGGGGUUCACCGCCUUGGGACAGUGCAAACUGGACGUGGGGUCCAGGCAGACGCCCCAGGACAACUUCCCUUCAAGAGGCAGGACCGCUGACUGCGCCUUCGCUGGCUCCAGUCUGCUGGGGGUGCUCUCGGUGAUGCUCCUCUUCACGGUGUUGGAGCUUGGUGUCGCCGUCCCGUCUUCCAUCCUCUGGUGGAAACAGGCCCGGUCAAGCAUCCCUGGGAUCGUGCGUUUCCUGGCUCAGAGCGACACAGUUGUCACCAACAUGCUCGCAAGAGCAUCUGCUGAUCCUGAUCCUCAUCCCGGAUUUGAAGAACAGCUUCCGAGCUGCCCACAGCUGUGGCCUUCACCGAGACUGCGGGACUUCUGCUCUCCGGCCGCCCCAGCCCGUUACCCCAGGAGCACCCUGGGCGGACUUCCUCCUUCCCCGGCGAUCCCGAUAUGCUGCAGCUGACGCCAUGAGUGGAGGCAAAGAGCAAAUGCUGAGACGGCAUCUGGACCAGGAGGAUCCACCGCCUGCAGGCGGCACAGAGCACACAGGGCCCCGGCCCGUUGACGCGUGACGGGUGAACCUCCCUGAUGCUGGGUGGGGUCCUGCUGGGGCAGCAUAUCAGGCAUUUGAGGAAUAUGGGGGAGUAAAAUCUGUACACUGUGGGGUCGCGUGGCUCUUUGUAUCCAGUCAAAUGUGACCAGAGGCUGUGGGAUGAGUUGACAAUUGGACAGAGGUGUGGGUACCAAGGGCUACUGGGUGGAUGUAAGGCCCUCCCCUCCCGCAGCCAGGAUGCUGCUGCUGAGGUCCAGACCCAGGGCCUAAAGGCCAGAUGAGCUCCAGAGAAUGACCUCCCCACCUGGUGGGUCAGCCACCUUAGGACAGAAUGGGACCCUGACGUGGAGGAGGACAUCGGGGUGAUGCACCCCAAAUCUUGAACCCCCAAUUCCCUGCACCCUCUGAGCAUGCAGAGUGCUCAGCCCUCCCUAUUGGGGGCGGGCACUGUCCCCUUGCUUGGACACAAUGCAGGGACCUCCACCCCACAAGACAGCAUGUGACCCCGAUCCCCCAAUAUCUUCCCACAGCUCCUCUCCCCGCCACCAGGCUGAUGACGAGGUUUGUCCCAACAUAACCCAGCCUGGGGCCUUCUGACCUAAUAAGGAAGAGCCCCAGGAAGGAGCCCACGUACACCGGCAGAAGUCCGGAGAGAUCCAUGGAGCUGGCUAUUCAAGGUUCUAGGUGACAGGGACGGAUCCUAAGGUUAGAUAAGAGUGGGUUUGUCUUCAACUUGGGAGCAUUCUCCAGGAUGCAGGAUCAACUUCCUGGCAGGGACCCCAGGAGUUGGUACAAACAGGCUGUUAGGAGGGUCCCAUGAGCGUGCAAAGAGUGGCAGCUCCCUGUGAGAGAGGCUCCCAGAAGACAGGAAGAAGCUCAGGGAGGUGGGCGUGUUGGAGUGGAAAGCCUCUGUGAAGGGAGAAAAGUCCAGCGGGCGCCUCCGUGCUGCAGGAUGCCCGAGCCGGCGCAUCUCCCUCAGCAGCAGAGAGUGCCCUGGGGAGGGUCUCAGCAUCCCGGGGGACCCUCCCUGGUCCGCCUGUGCUCCCAGGGAUGAGCUGUAAUUAGCACAUUGUUUUCACGCUGCCAUGAUCUAACAGCCUUGGUUUUUCCUCCAACUCCACAGGACCCUUCUCCUUGGAUUCCGUUGGUCUGUUUGGACUGAACUUAGCUUACAUUCCACACACAUUCGUGCCGGGUCCAGCCAGACUCUGAGGAUGUAGAGAUGAACAAACAAAUAGCAGCAAAACCGGUGCCUGCCAUGAAGGGGCUGCGGGCUCCCCAGAUGCAUAGAUAAGUCAAGAGACAACGUAGAUGGGGCGUGAUGACCAGGUGCUGGAAGCAAGUCGAGGGAGCCCAGAGGAGGGACCCUCAUCUACUUGGCGUCAGAGAAGGCUUCCCUGAGGAAGCCACACGUGAGCUGACACAGGAGACGGGCUGGAGGGAGCAGGGCUAGACUACCCUCCCCGGCUCAAUUUGCAUAUCAGAGGAUGUGACUUUGAACCCUCACUCCUGUUUGGUACUGCAUCCCAACUAUUGCUGUGUACUGCAGCUCACAGCUCUCCUGGCUCAGCUACACACGGGCCCUCCAGGAGGGGGUCCAGCGCGGAGGUGAGAUGUGGGCUGCAGGACAGACGGCUUGGGUUCCAACUGCAUCUCCAUUGCUUCCCUGGGACGUGGCCUUGGACAAGCCCAGUACCUACCCCGUCAGGAAACCAGGUGGGGGAAGUGUCUGCUCCGUAGUACCGGUGUGAGGAGGAUGGGCAAAGACCUUUGAACCCUGCCGGGCUCGGAGCGCGUGUCCAGCGCAUGCCAGCUGCUGCUGCUGUGAGGGCCUUUAUCACCACUCGGCCUGCGAGCCCCAUCUCUUCUUUCUCCAGCUCACUAAACUGCUUCUGUGAUCCAUCUGAGUGGCUGCAUGCAUCCAGCGUCUGUUCCUUUACUUACCAAACACUGUGAAUCCAUCACAACUUGUUUAUCCACUCACAAGCGGAUGGACAUUUCCUUCGUUCAAAUUUUUGGCUUUUCUAGACAAAGUUGCUGUAAACAUUCAUGCACUUUUUCUUUUUUCUUAAAUGGGAGUGUACUUUUAUUUCUCUUGGGUAAGAGGAAUUGCUGGGUCCUGUGACACACUCCAUCAUCAUUAUUCUCAGAUUCCGUAUUCGUGAGUUUGCCAACUCGCUAAAAUUUAUUCGGAACCCCCAAAAUCAAUACUCAAGAUGAUUUCACAGGUAUUCACGGACGCGCACAGAGGGACGAAAAAUUCAAGUUGCCCGAUGAGAGUGUUCCAGCUGAGGCUGCCCAGGGCAACGCUCUGCCUUCUUGUUUCAGUUCAUGCUGUCAACAGGUGUCCUUUGUGCUGUCUCCUCAGUGCCACAAUUUUCACAUUUUUGUGGUUUUUGUUGGCGAUUCACCAGCUUAACUGGUGCCCCUGCAUCGUGCUGAAGCGCCUGGUGGUUCUGUCCCCGGGCCGGGUACACCGCCCAGGGACCCAGGCCCGAGAAAGUGGGUCCUUGGGCACCCGCAGGAAGGAAUUCAAGCGAAAGCCACAGAAUAAAGUACAAAAUCUGCCUUUUAUUCAGCAACUAAGCAGCAACAGGUAAAGGGAGGGAAAAGGCGGACUGCUCAGGUGAGAGUCAGGGCUGUCCCAGAGAGAGAGCAGCCUGGGGAUGGGCUGGGGGGAGAUUUUUUUUUUUUUUAUUAAUGUUAUGAUAGAUUACAACCUUGUGAGAUUUCAGU